UCGUUUCCUAUUGCUCUAUCCAGCCUACAUUGAAUAAACACAUGUGCAGAAGAAGUACUUGGCGGUCAGUGGUCUCACCGUUGAAAUGGUGCUCAUCGAUGCUAAUGUAAGUAACCGUAAUGUCUUACUUAUCUCACUGUAAUGCCUAUAUAUAUGGAAUGCAAUGAUUGAUAACAUGGUCUAACGUGAAUUUAUUUCUAACUUCAGUACUAUAUGCUAUGUGACCUAACAUGAAUGUGUUGACAUAAUUCUUAAAUAAGGUUAAAAAAUUCAUACACGUGUGAAAAAGGAUUUAGUGAACCAAUUUGAUUCUUUCAUGGCUUAAGGCAAGUCAAUUUUUUCAUAAAAUUCUAUAUGAACCAUUCAAGUGGAUCAUAUCGUACUACGAAUCACAUUUACAAGAUAAGCGUCAUGUCAACAACAUGUGUGAGAAUCUGUGCAGAUUUACCAAGAGCAGUGACUGGCCAAUUGCAAAACCAUACUAGAUGGAACUUUCAACCGGGAUUACUUGGUUGGGACGAAGGUCUCCCACCUGUAUUAUGGAGUCAAUUUGCAAGAGAUGUUGCUGAUGAUAUUCAGGUGGAGAAGUGUAUAGUGAUGUGCACAAUUGCUGACAUUGAUUCAGACAUGGGAGAAGUGUUUAGUGAUGUGCUUAUGAAUUCAAAAGAUGACUUCGUUUUUUCACCAGAGUUUUUUUAAUAGUAUAAAGACAUUGGGGCUACCUAAUCAUGAGCUACAGCUGAGGAUUAGUAUACUAGUUAUGCUAUCAAGAAAUCUUGAUCCUACAGAAGAAUUGUGCAGCGGGACUUAGGUUACAGAUAACACAAUUGGCAAAUCAUAUCGUUGGGGAAAAAGUUAUUUAAGGGAACUAAAUCUGGAGAAAAAGACUGUCAAAUCAUAUCGUUACACAUUUAUCCGAAACUGUUGGAUGCUUAACUGGUCCGAAAACCCAGAAUCCCAGAUGCUAAUGUUGAAAUU